AUGCCCCCCGGUACGGUCAAUAUGCCUCCGGAUGAUCAUGAUGAUCAACCUCAAUAUCAUGAGAUUGAAAUGACAUCAUCUGACGUAAACACUCAUAAUCACGACAACUCCCUUAUCUCAUCUACCUCUACUAACCCACCAUUAAACCAAUCUCGCCACAAUCCAGACAAUCAAGGUGUCUUAAAGAUCAUCUCCAAACUCAUCAUGAACCCAGAAGCGGAUGGUAGUGUUAUAAUAACACCGGAUAAAGUCCAGCUCUUAAAAUCUUUGAUUGGAGUCGAAGAAUUCAUCAACGUUAAAACUCUUAACAUGAUGGAUAAGAUUACUUCUAGACUGGAUGCAAUUGAAAAAUCCAUGUCAAAAACCGUUUCCCCCACUAAGCCCCCCCCAUCUACCUGGUCUUCUAUUGUUAAGAAAACAAGUUCCCCAGCCAAUAACAAUAUUGUUCGUCCUCCCCCUAGUGCUCGUAUAAUCAAUGAAUUCAAACCAUCCUUUUUCAUCAUCCGUAAGACAGUCCCAGAGGCCCAGGCCUUCAUCCAGAAGAGCCCCGCGCAAAUAACUGAGAAAGUGAAUUCAGUCCUUUCCGAUAUGGAAGCAAAGACAGAUGAUGGCACUCCUAUAACUGUUAAAGGAGCAAUAAUUCUCCCUUCGGGGGAUGUUAAGUUUUUCACGCCAACUAGAUUUGCCACUAACUGGCUCCUAGAACACAAGCAUGAAUGGACCCACUUAUGUGAUCCUGCUCUAGUCACCCCACAGACCUCUUUCCCGGUGAUCAUUCACACCGUACCGAUUUCGUUUACACCUACAAACAAGGCUACUAUAGCAGAUUUAUGUAGAGAGAAUAAUGGAAUGGAUACUAAAGUUAUCCAAAGCAUGCGCUGGUUAGGAAACCCUCAAGCUAAUAAAAAAGCUCAUGGUUCAAUCAUAAUGAACCUUCUCGAUAAAGAAGUUUCAAAAAAAAUAGAAAGAGGUGGACUGUUUUUUAAGGGUCUAUUUUUCAAAGGAGCUCAUUAUAAGAAAUCCCCAAUGCAAUGCUUUCAAUGCCUAGAAGUAGGCCAUACUGCACAGUUACAACAUAACCCCCGCAAAUAA